CUCUCCAAGCCCGACUUGGGAUCCGGAGUGCGGGCAGCGCUGCCCACGGGACCUCCCCCGAGGGAGAGCUGAGGAGCCCGGCACGCUCACCUACUGCCCUGCGGCGCUGCCACUGCUUCCUCUCGGAGAGUGCCUUUGAGGACCAUCACCCGCUGGUCCCCCAGGGCCACAGCAUGGCGCCCUCUGGCCAGGUGGUGGAGAAGCAGAAGCCCGAGGACCCCGCACCGGACCCCGCGCCAGACCCUGCGCCGGACCCUGCACCGGGCCGCGAGCUGCAGUCCUGGCAGUGCCUGGUGUCUUACCUCUGCUUUUACGGCUUCAUGGCGCAGAUGCGGCCGGGGGAGAGCUUCAUCACGCCCUGCCUCCUGGGGCCUAGCAAGAACUUCAGCCAGCCUCAGGUGACCAACGAGAUCAUGCCGGUGCUGUCCUACUCCUACAUGGUGGUGCUGGUCCCGGUCUUCCUGCUGACGGACUACCUGCGCUACACGCCGGUGCUGGUGCUGCAGGGCCUGAGCUACGUGUGUGUGUGGCUGCUGCUGCUGUUUGGCCGCACCGUGGUGCACAUGCAACUCAUGGAGCUGUUCUACAGCGUGACCAUGGCCGCACGCAUCGCCUACUCCUCCUACAUCUUCUCCCUGGUGCGCCCCGAGCGGUACCAGCGCAUGGCCAGCUACUCGCGGACUGCCGUGCUGCUGGGUGUCUUCACCAGCUCCGUGCUGGGCCAGCUGCUGGUCACCGUGGCCAGGCUGUCCUUUACCACGCUCAACCACAUCUCGCUGGCCUUCCUCAUCUUCAGCCUGGGCCUGGCCCUCUUCCUGAAGCGGCCCAAGCGCAGCCUCUUCUUCCACCGCCCAGCGCCCGUGCACGGGGCCUCGCCCUCCGAGCUGGACUGGAUGCACCCGGGCGCCGGGCGGCGCGCGGGCGGGAAGCUGGGGUGCGCGCUGGCCUCCUGCGGGGACUGCGUGCUGGUGCGCAUGCUGCGUGAGCUGGGGGCCAGCCUGCGGCGGCCGCAGCUGCGCCUCUGGUCCCUCUGGUGGGUCUUCAGCUCGACGGGCUACUACCUCAUCGUGUACUACGUGCACAUCCUGUGGAACGAGGUGUCCCUGGUCACGGGCAGCACCCUCGCCUACAACGGCGCCGCCGAUGCUGCCUCCACGCUGCUGGGUGCCAUCACGUCCUUUGCCGCGGGCUUCCUGAAGAUCCGCUGGGCCUUGUGGGCGAAGCUGGUCAUCGCGGGGGUCACGGCCGUGCAGGCCGGGCUGGUCUUCCUGCUGCUCAGCACCAACAGCAUCUGGCUGUGCUAUGUGGCUUUCGUUCUCUUCCGCGGCGCCUACCAGUUCCUGGUGCCCCUCGCCACUUUCCAGAUCGCGUCCUCUCUAUCCAAGGAGCUCUGUGCCCUGGUCUUCGGCAUCAACACCUUCCUCGCCACCAUCCUCAAGACCGUCAUCACCCUCAUCGUCUCGGACAAGCGGGGCUUUGGCCUGGCCGUGCGCAAGCAGUUCUUCGUCUACUUCAUGUACUUCCUGGUGCUGUCCGCCCUCUACGUCUUGGGCGCCGUGAUGGAUGGCCUGAGGCACUUCCGGCGCCGCCGCGGCCAGCCCGUGCCCACCGUGACUCAGGAGCUGCGGAGCCCCGAGGAGCAGAGUGCGCAGGCGCUGUGCGUGGAGGAGCUGCGGAGCCCGGAGGAGCAGAGUGCGCAGGCGCUGUGCGUGGAGGAGCUGCGGAGCCCGGAGGAGCAGAGUGCGCAGGCGCUGUGCGUGGAGGAGCUGCGGACCCCUGAGAGGACUGCACAGGCGCUGUGCUUGCAGGACACGGCCCUGGGAGAUCUGCAGGGCUCAGCCCCUCCGCUGCUCCCGGGUGACCGCGGGGAGGACAGUGUGCAGGCCCCGGGGCCCGAGGCCAAGGCCUGACCCGCCCGUGUGCUGGCAGCACAGACGGGACCUGUCCCAGCCGGCGCCGUCCGAGUCCGCUCUCAGAUGUGACUCCGUGACCGCGUGCCCGCGCUGCUCGCCUCGGCCCUGGCUGGCUGUGCGGGCGCCCAGGGCAGCUGCUGGCCGUGCGGCCUGGACCAGGAGCACUUAGUGGCUUCCCGUGUCCCCCAGUCUCCUUCCCGUCUGGGGCUGGGGGCUGCCACGGUGACGAGAUGCCGGCCGGGGAGGGCCCACGGCCCACGGCCCUGGGGGCUGCCACGGUGACGGGAUGCCGGCCCACAGACCCCUGGGUAAACUGUGAUGAUGUCCUCCGAGGUGCUUGCUUUUUGAACAGGGCUGUCAUCUUUUUUAAUCGACAUAAAACGA